GCCAAAAUAUCAAACAGCAGAGCUACAGUGCUGAUACAAUGCUUGAGUGGGAUACCCCUGUAUUGGUAAAAUGGCAAGAAGGAGUCUCUGCAAAAGUAUUUGAGAAACAAAUCCUGCUAAUACUUAGCUAUACAUUUUAUGCAGGUGAGGGCAUUAAGUGAGCUAACGCAGUCUCAUUCAUGUUGCCAUUUGCCAACAUUUAGACUUUUUGUUGAAAGCACAGUUCUGUCCCUUUGAAUGCAUAGGCAACAGCAUGCCUCCCACUCUCACUCGGCACUUGAAGCCGUUUCUGUGCUUGUUAGCACAUCUUCAGUAGAGGUCAAUAGACGUUUUACUGUUUAGGCAUGCAUUACAUUUUUUAAAACAAUCAUUAUUUUAAAUAACCAUGUUAAUAAAUAGACCUUAUUCCAGAUAUUUGUUAGCACAAAAUAUCUGAGUUUAUAAAAGAGGACUUUCUUAAAUGGGUUGGCAGCAAAAUGGUUAAAUAAGUUUAUUUGACCUAUUGCUUUCAAGUGAAUCAUGAUUUUGCUCCCCUUACUUUACAGAAAAUUUGCAUUUGUUACCCCCACCAUUUGAAAAUAGAGCAUUUUCUUUUUUUCUGUCUCUCUUGCCAUCAUACCCCAGCUUGCUGAGAUAGUACAUUAAUGAGACUUCCUGUUCCUACACAUGUCAGAAGUAAGUGAGGUGGUGCGUCUCUGCCGCUUUACAUUUAGCUUGCUAGUUGCAGUCAGACUGAUUGCAGAAACUACUAUCAGCUGGGCUGCACUCCUUCUUAAUCCCAGAUUAAACUGCGGCCCCCUCCUCGAACAACCCCCCUCUUCUUCCUACUCACCCCACCCUCCCCCGACCUCUAGCUCUUAACUGUUCUGUGGUUUUUGAGGAUUAACGGCUUUGAGUUUGACAGCGCUGGAGACUGACAAGCUGCGGCCAAUAUGGUGAGGUGGUUUCACCCAAACAUUUCUGGGAUAGAAGCAGAAGAACUGCUGUUGACCAGAGGGGUGCAUGGAAGCUUCCUAGCAAGACCCAGCAAAAGCAACCCUGGAGACUUCACUCUGUCUGUACGGCGCGGUGAUGAAGUCACGCACAUCAAAAUCCAAAACUCUGGAGAUUAUUAUGACUUGUAUGGAGGAGAAAAGUUUGCCACACUGGCAGAGUUGGUUCAAUAUUAUACUGAGCAGCAGGACCUGUUACGGGAGAAAAAUGGAGAUGUAAUUGAACUGAAAUAUCCACUGAACUGCAAAGACCCAACCUCUGAAAGAUGGUAUCAUGGCCACUUAUCUGGAAAGGAUGCAGAAAAGCUAUUAAUGGAAAAAGGAAAAGCUGGAAGCUUCCUUGUAAGGGAGAGCCAGAGUAAACCAGGUGACUUUGUCUUGUCAGUUUUGACCAAUGAAGAGAAGCAUGAGAACGUGGAGCGCAAAACCAAAGUAACACAUGUCAUGAUUCGUUAUCAGAAUGGAAAAUAUGAUGUUGGUGGAGGAGAGCAGUUUGAUACCCUGACAGAUCUGGUGGAACAUUACAAGAAAAACCCAAUGGUUGAAAAGAGUGGAAUUGUGGUUCACCUCAAGCAGCCAUUUAACACUACAAGAAUAAAUGCAGCCAACAUUGAAAACAGAGUGAAGGAAUUAAACAAAGUAGCAGAUAAUAUGGAGAAGCCCAAACAAGGCUUCUGGGAGGAGUUUGAGAUGUUACAGCAACAGGAAUGCAAACUCCUUUACCCACGGAAAGAAGGACAGAGGCCUGAAAACAAAAGCAAGAACCGCUACAAGAACAUUCUGCCAUUUGACACCACACGGGUUGAGCUCAAGGAAACUGAUCCUGAGAUUUUAGGCUCAGAUUACAUUAAUGCAAACUACAUUCAAAGUGUUCAGGAAGAUAGCCGACAGCUGUGCAAAGGUAAAGUCUUCAUUGCUACACAAGGAUGCUUGCAGAACACUGUAAAGGAUUUCUGGAAGAUGGUAUACCAAGAAAACACACAUGUCAUUGUCAUGACAACAAAAGAAGUGGAGCGAGGCCGGAACAAAUGUGUUCGCUAUUGGCCUGACAUGGAAGCCACCAAGGAGUAUGGCAGUCUCCAAGUGAGGAACAUUGAAGAACGAACUGCCCAGGACUAUGUUCUAAGAAAGCUGGAGGUCUCAUGUUUGAAUAGGGAUGAACCUCACAGAUACAUUUGGCACUACCAGUAUCUAAGCUGGCCUGACCAUGGAGUUCCCAAUGAGCCUGGAGGGGUGUUAAGCUUCUUGGAGCAAGUAAAUCGUACUCAACAAAGCAUUCCAGACACAGGUCCUAUUGUGGUGCACUGCAGUGCAGGCAUCGGUAGAACUGGAACAAUCAUUGUAAUUGACAUUCUUAUUGACAUAAUUAACAGGCAAGGCCUGGAUUGUGACAUAGACAUCCCCAAGACUAUACAGAUGGUGCGGCGACAGCGCUCAGGGAUGGUGCAGACAGAAGCUCAGUAUAAAUUCAUAUAUAUGGCUGUCCAGCAGUACAUCGACACUGCACAGAAAAGGUUAGAGGAAGAACAGAGAAAUAAAAUUAAAGAGAGGGAGUAUUCAAAUAUCCGUUAUCCACCUAUGGAAAACACUAAGCUGAGACCACAGACUCCUACACCUAGAGGAACUUCGGCACUGGAGGAUGACUCCACAGGUGUUUAUGAGAAUUUAAAUUUAAAAAAUCCAAAAGUUCCAGGAAUCAGCAACACUAGAAGAUAAAGCUAAAGACUGAACUGCUUUUGCACUCACAACAAGUGCCUCUUUCAACAGUGUAGCUGGAGCAACGGUGUUGGCCAAAGCAAUGAGAGGUCAAGUGAUGAACAGCCCAUAGGCUCCAAGUAAGAAGAGAGAGUGGACUUUACCAUCUGGAAUUCUUUAAAACUCCUGCUGUUUUUUUUUUGUUUUUGUUUUUUCCUUAGUCUGCAUGUCUUCAGUGUGCACCUUUUUAUGGGAAGCGAAGGCAGAGCAGCUAUAUACAUACAGACUCCUUUCUGCCCACAAAAUUGAUCUACUUUAGCCAAAGAGCAAAGAAUAUAGUAUGGUGAGCUGUGAAAAAAUAUGUAAACAUUAAAAAAAAAAAUCUAAGUGUUUGUGAGUUUUGCACAAAUGCAAGAAGUACACUCAUGUGGUGUGGAAGACAAAUUCUUGCUAACCUGCCAUGAAACUCAGUCAUGUGACUAAUGCCUCCUCUACCUGAACGCUUUGCAUGGAAACUUGGGACUUGUCAGGCAAGUCAAACAAAUCACCCAGGUUUUUGUAUCAGGUAGCCAACUGCAUAUUUAAUUUUCUUACCUUUUUUUUAUUAAUAUUAUGAGAAAGAUGCAUUACCUUGCUGUAAAUAGGUUUCCUUAUUCUGUAUGCAAAGCAAGAUGGUACCAGUCAUCAUGUGAAUCUUUCUCCCCCUUGAUAUAAACUGCCUUUCAUGGUUUAAAAAAAUCCAAAAUUAAAUAACAUAUUUAAAAUAAAAUCCAGUGUGUUUUGUGUAGAAACUAAUGAAUUAACAUCAUUCAAGCAUCUGUUCUUCCCAUAUGCCUUGCAAGACUGAUAAAGUUACUAUAUAUUACUAAAAAUGUUUAAUUGCCAAUUUUGUAAGAUAUGUUUCUGUUAAAUCAAAAGGUUCUAGAUGGAGUACUACAUUUUAUCAUGUAUUGCUGAAAUAUUUUGGCAGUAAUCAAAACUGAAACAGGACUCUGCAGAGACAGACCCUACAAUUAAAGAAAAAGAUAAAAGAAGGUCAGAUGACCUUUUAUGAAUAGGUAAUGCAAAAAUCCAUGGAAUUCCAAAAGGUUUAAAUCCCAAUAAUAAAAAAACUAAUAAUAAUACACAAGCAACUAUACUUCUUCUGACCAGUACUGAAUAUAUUGUUUGGAUAUAGUUCAUGCUGUGUAUGUGUAUGUGAACUGUGUAUUUAGUAAUGGGUAGAACCUCCUUUAACAGCAAUAAACUCUACCAAACAUUAGUUGUA